ACAUUUUUUUCCCUUCUUUGCCCUCUUUUUUUUAUGCUUAAACUUAUGCUUUCUUAGCACACACUCUCAUAGACAGUAAACCCCCAGACUCGCAUCCCAAAAAACAAGAAACAAAAAAAAAAAAAAUCAAGAAAGCCAUGGGAGGAGAGCUUUGUGGGGCAGUAGGCAAAGGAAUAUGCAAGUCAUGGAAGAAAAUCUUGAAGGGCUUGGAUGAGACAGUUUCAAAAAGCAGGGUUGGCAAGUAUUUCAAGUUGGAUGCAAGAAAGAGCUGUUUCACUAAGGAGGUUAGAGCUGGCACUGCAACUUUUCUUACCAUGGCAUAUAUAAUCAGUGUCAACGCCACCAUCCUUUCGGAGUCCGGCGCCACGUGUACAGUGGCCGACUGCACCGUUCCGGCGAACCAAACGGUGGCAACCCCUGACUGCAUGUUGAAGCCUAAUGCAGGUUAUGAAAGUUGCCUUGCAAAGGCGAAAAGUGAUCUCGUUGUUGCUACUGCCUUGUCAUCAAUGAUUGGAUCUUUUGCUAUGGGAUUAUUGGCUAAUCUUCCCCUGGCUCUGGCCCCUGGUAUGGGCCCCAAUGCUUACUUGGUUUAUACACUGGUGGGCUUUCAUGGGUCUGGAUCCAUUUCAUACAAGACUGCCAUGGCUGUGGUCUUGGUUGAAGGCUGCGCGUUUCUAGCCAUAGCUGUUUUUGGGCUUCGUGCCAGGUUGGCUCGGUACAUACCGCAGCCCGUUCGGCUGGCUUGUGCUGCUGGUAUUGGUCUUUUUAUUGCUUUUGUGGGGCUACAGGCCCACCAGGGUGUGGGCCUAGUGGGCCCUGAUCCGAACACAUUGGUGACCACGGCGGCCUGCGCCAGCACCGAUCCGGUGACCGGAGAAUGUAUCGGAGGAAAAAUGAGAAGCCCAACUUUCUGGCUCGGCUCGGUUGGCUUCAUAAUCACAUGUUAUGGACUAAUGAAGGAGAUUAAGGGAAGCAUGAUUUAUGGCAUACUGUUUGUCACAUUGAUUUCAUGGAUUAGGGGAACAUCUGUCACAUUUUUCCCCAACACCCCACUAGGUGACACAAAUUAUCAAUAUUUCAAGAAAGUGGUAGAUUUUCACACCAUAAAGUCCACAGCUGGGGCCAUCAGCUUCACAAAUUUCAAUAGGGGUGAAGUUUGGGUAGCUUUAGUCACGUUGUUAUAUGUUGAUGUGCUAGCUACAACUGGUACAUUGUACACUAUGGCAGAAGUUGGAGGAUUUGUUGAUGAAGAAGGGGAAUUUGAGGGGGAAUAUUUGGCCUACAUGGUUGAUGCUGGCUCUACAAUUGUUGGUUCUGCCCUAGGAGUUUCACCAAUUGCAACAUACAUAGAAUCAUCAGCUGGCCUAAGGGAAGGUGGGAGAACAGGGAUAACAGCUUUGGUUGUGGGAAUUUACUUUGCAUUGUCCCUGUUUUUUACCCCUCUAUUUACCAGUGUACCGCCAUGGGCUGUUGGUCCAUCUCUAGUAAUGGUUGGUGUAAUGAUGAUGAAAGUUGUGAAAGAUAUAGAUUGGAACAACAUCAAGGAGGCAGUGCCAGCCUUUGUUACCAUGCUUCUCAUGCCUCUUACAUAUUCCAUAUCAAAUGGGAUUAUUGCAGGGAUUGGCUUGCAUAUUGCGCUUGGAUUGUAUGACCAUGUGGUUGGCUGGAUCAGGUGGUUGAUCAAGAUGAGAGCAAUGGUGGUCAAGGAGCAAAACCAAGUUUCUGCAGCUGCUGCAGAGCAAAAUCUUGAAGUUAUCUGACAUGCAUUGUCAGAACUGGUGCACAAACCACCUUGAGCGGUCACAAUCUUUAGCGGUCACAAUCUCUAGAUCCAUCAUAGAAUAGACUGGCCUUUCAAGGGCGUUUGUGCAUUUUCUUUGUCUAGUUGUCGAAGUUGGUUCCAAUUUUCUGUUUUUUCAGUCCUCAAUGUUUCUGUCCGGGUAGAAGUUAAGGAUUGACAUUAGGAUUUCAA